AUGGGAGCAGAAGCCUUGCCCGUCACCGCCAACUCCAACAAUAACUGCAGCGGAGGCGAGGCUCCUCUGGUAUUGGGACUACAGGCAUCCGCCCUCGUCGACCAUGUGGCCCGCGUCGAUUGGUCCUUGCUCGAUCAACUCCCAGGCGAGCGCGGUGGCUCCAUUCCUGUUGCAAUUGAAGAGCUUGAGCACAUACUGGGUGAGGUGAAGACCCAUAUUAUCUCAUCCCCUGAUGAUUCCUUGCCCAUGAAAACAAUAGCCGGGGGCAGUGUAGCCAAUACUAUCAGAGGGCUGAGUGCUGGGUUUGGAAUCUCCUGUGGAAUAAUUGGUGCCUGUGGGGAUGAUGAGCAAGGCCAGUUAUUUGUCAGUAACAUGAGCUCUCAUGCUGUGAGCCUCUCAAGAUUGAGGAUGAAGAAGGGACCCACAGCUCAGUGCGUUUGCUUGGUUGAUGCCUUGGGCAAUCGUACAAUGCGUCCCUGUCUCUCAAGUGCUGUGAAACUUCACCCUCAGGCAGAUGACUUGACAAGAGCGGAUUUUAAGGGGUGUAAGUGGCUGUUGUUGAGGUAUGGUAUUAUCAAUUUGGAAGUGAUUCAAGCUGCUAUACGGAUUGCCAAACAAGAGGGUCUUUUCGUGUCCAUGGACUUGGCCAGCUUUGAGAUGGUUCGCAACUUUAGAUCACCUCUUCUGCAGUUGCUGGAGUCAGGGGGCAUAGACCUCUGCUUUGCUAAUGAGGAUGAAGCAACAGAGUUGCUAAGAUGCACUGAGGGUGAACAAAAAGCUGAUCCUGAGGCUGCACUUGAAUUUCUGGCAAAACAUUGCCGGUGGGCAGUGGUGACGUUAGGCCCCAAUGGAUGCAUUGCAAAGCACGGAAAAGAGAUUGUGAGAGUUCCAGCCAUAGGGAAAGCCAAUGCAGUGGAUGCCACAGGAGCAGGAGACCUGUUUGCAAGUGGAUUUUUGUAUGGAUUGGUGAAGGGACUAUCUCUGGAGGAAUGCUGCAAAGUGGGAUCAUGCAGUGGCGGAUCUGUUAUUCGCUCUCUCGGGGGCGAGGUCACCCCUGAGAAUUGGCAAUGGAUGUACAAGCAGAUGCAGACCAAGGGCCUCACUCUUCCUGAUAUCCCCAAAUGA